CUAUUUGUUGCCAGAUUGUGACGUCAUAAACCAAGACCAGCUAAAACAAGUCAACAAAAGAACAUAAACAAAAUCGUAGUUGACAAUUAAAACUUUAUUUUCUCUUGAAAAGUUACUGUUUUGGUUUAUGUUAAAUAUCUUUGUUAUUAAAUUAAGCAUCUAAGUUGUUUAUAUUUCAUCCAAUUUAUUUAUUAAAAGAUUACUCAUAUAUUAUGUGGAGUGGAAUUUCAAGUUAUUUAUUUAGGAGUGAAAAAGAAAUAGAUAAUGAUAAUGAAUUUGUAUUUAAUACUGUUGAAGAUGAUGAAGAAUGGUUAUAUGUGGAAGUCAGAGAUUUGAAACCAAAAGAAAAGACAAAAUCACAGAACGAUACACCAAAUUCAUAUUUAUUACUACCAGAUGUCGUCUUACAGACAAAUGAUACAAAGCAAAAAAAUCCAAUUUCAAAUGAAAUGGAUGAAAGCUGGUAUAUAACACCACCAUCCUGUUUUACUAUUGAUUCUCCUGUGCCUUUAGAGACUUCUCCAUUAGAAAAUCUUCUGAUUGAACAUCCUAGUAUGAGUGUAUAUGGAUCAAAACUUCCAUCUUCUUUCAAAAACUAUUUUUGCCAAAAUGUCAAAAUGAAAUCAAAUAAUAAAGAUGAAAUUGAUAAGAAGUUAAAAAAAAAUGAGCACAAUAAAGUCUACUCCAAAUGUAGUCAUAUGCCAAAUGAAGAAAAUUAUCAUAUUAAACAAGGAAUGCCCUAUGUGUCAAAUAAAACAAGAACAGAUUUAAUUGAAAAUAUUGAGAAUUUCAAUCCUGGACAACAAGCUAAAUGGAUAAGAGAACAGAAACAACUUCAACGUUCAUUUUUAAAUCGCAUAAAUCGUGUUCAUCAUUACCAAACCAGUCCAAAGCAUCCUCGUCGAAAAGAUCGAAGAUUAAAACACUCAGGAAUAAAUAAUCAUAACUAUUGAUUGAAAUUUUCUGUGAUAUAAUGUAUGUUGUAUUAAAGAGAAUUGCUGAUGAUGUAUGUUACUAUUUUCAUUUUUUUUUUUUUUAAUUUAGUCAAAUGUCAAUUCUUAUACUUUUCAUUGAUUGUAGAUUACUUGCAUGUAUGUAUCAUACACAUUGCCAUUGAUAAACAAAAUUGAAGUUUAUUCAUCCAUAGAAUAAUGAUUAGAAUAUUAAUUAACAUUUUAUAAUUUGCAGUAGACAUAUAUAUUUUUAUAUAUCAUUAUUGAAAGAUGGUGCUGUAUUUAUUUAACACAAAUAUAUGAAAUGGUAUUUAAAUCUUAACUAAAUUAUAGUUAAGUUUGGCAUUAGUUUAAAAUUAUUUUUGCAUUUAAUAAGUGUUUUUGUAUUUUCUUUCAUUUCUUAAUUUCAAAAUGUGCAUUCUUAUUUUGUAUUUGUCCUAUUUGAUACCAUUUAUAUUUUCGUUUUAUACCAGUUUUCACUUUUUGUGGACCAUUGAAAAUAUCUAUCAUCAUUAUUCCUUUUCAAUUCAAUUUCAGUUUAGAAUUCAAUAUUGAUCUCAUUUAAUUUGUGAUUUUUGUUUAUGAAAAUUUCCUUUGAAAAUUGUUCAUAAAUUCAUGUUACAUUAUAUCCAAAUCAUAAUGUUUAAAUGUAAAUCUAAU